AGGAGGGAGUCACUCUGAGCUCCGCUGACAUUCCCAAAAAGCAUUACAGGAGAGAAAAUCGUGUGUGUGAUAUACCGGAAAAAGAAAGUGUGUCUGUGUGUGUGUGUGUGUGUGUGUGUGUGAGACAGAGAGAAAUCAUAGACGAGCCUUUAACAGCAUAACACACACUCUGCUCUCACCCUCACAUAAUCUGAGCUCCGGGCUUCGGUACAGCUGCCUUCACUGUCGAGGUGGAAAACUGUGAUUGCUUUUUUGUUUCUACCAGAGGGGAGACAAGAAGAAGAAGAAAAAGAAGAGUCAGCCGUAGAAGAAGAAGAAGAAGAAGAAGAAGAGGUCAACAUGUCCAACGCUCUGUUGAGGAGAAACUCCAGCAAACAGGGUUUACAAAACCUGAUGAGGCUGACGGCCCAGAGAAGCAUCGAGGACGCAGAGGAGGUGGAGAGGGAGCGUCGCCGAAGAGCCCGAGAGGCUUUACGCCGGAGAAACAGCGGCUCAACACCCGGAGAGUCCUCCCCGGAGAACGAGACGCCGACAGAGGAGAACACGUACGAUGGCGACUUUAAGCCGAGCAGCUCUCCGUCUCUGGAGGAGGAUGAAGGCUUCAGUGACUGGACUCAGCGUAGAGAGAGACAGAGGCAGCAGCGCCUGCAGGAGCUCAGCCAGGGAGGUGAGGAGGACGAGGACGAAGAGGAGGACACAAUAAACAAAGCUGUACCCCUAAAGACUGUUCAGGCCUCCGUCACGUCCUCCAGCCGACUGCAGGGACAGGAGCGGGAAGAGAUAGACAGGGCCAAGAUGGAGGUGCAGAGGAGGAAGCAACAGGAGGAGGAGGCGAUUCGAACGGAGAGGGCUAGGAGGGAGGAGGUGAUGACCAGGAGGAGGGAGGAGAUUCAGAGACCAAAAACAGAGGCGGAGAAAAGAAAAGAAGUUAAAGUCUCAUACACAUCAAAAGUUUUCCUUCACCAAGAGCCGAAACACAGCAACGCCAACGGAGACGCAACCAACGAGGAGGUGGCGUCAUACACCAGCAACAAGACGAAGAGACCCACCAGCAAAGCCACGGAGCCAGAGGAGGCGGAGGCCGUCCUGGAGGCGGAGCAGAGUCUGGAGAAGAUCCGACGGAGCCUCCAGGUGAAGGAGAGCCAGGAGCUAGAGCAGCUGAGACACCGACAGGCCGAGGCCGAGCAGGAGCUGGACGAGCUGAAGAAGAGGAGGGAGGAAAGACGCAGAGUCCGCAAGGAAGAGGAGCGUCGGAGGGAGGAGGAGGAACAGCAACGGCUGGCCAAAGAGGAGGAGGAGAGGAGACAGAUGAAGGAAGACAUCGAGAGGAGGAGGAUGGAGGCCACAGAGAGGAUGAAGAGCCUGAGCACGUCCAGCGUAGACGGGGACGAGAUGUUCAGUCCCUUCAGUCCAAAAGCUCCCACACACAAGAUCACAGAGAGAACGGAGUCCCUGAACCGCUCGCUGAAGAAAAGUAACAGCUUUAAGAAGACGCAGCCUCUCGUCCUGUUGUCCAACAUCGACGACAAGCUGGAGAAGUACGCCCACGCUGUGGAGACCUCUCAGGAAGCCUGGACAGUGAAGGCAUCGCUGACCGACCUGCCCAGCUCACCUGAGGUUGUUGCCUCCAAGAAGAACCUGUUUGAGGCUGGGGAGGCCUGGAGCCAGAGUCCCACCAAGGGAGCAAACUGCAAGCAGGACACAGGCGGUCUGAAGGUGGGCGUGGCCAACCUGAUCACGCAGUGGGUAAAAGGCCCUUCGGACAGCAGCCGACAGUCGCCCUGCAGACCAACACAGGACGUGAAGCCUGGAGACGUGAUGCAGAAAAAGAACAUGUGGGAGAUCAUCGGAGACUCGGGGUCAGGACAAAGACCCAAGGGCUCAGCAGCUGGUAAAAAGUACAAAUUCAUCGUCACUGGUCACGGAAAGUAUGAGAAGGUCCCUGUGGACGAUGAGGACGGAGGAAAAUUUGCCAACGGAAAGUCCGAUUUCUGUCAUGGUGAUUACUAAGCAGGUGUCAUCUCUUCAGGUUGUUUCCACCUUGAUGUUACAAAAACAUCCGCUGGCUAUAAAGACAUCUCACAGAAGCAGCUCUACAAUAGUCACAGUCUCAGAAUUUCAUCUAUAUCCAAUAAAUCACUUUUUCUGGCUCUUAGCUGGACAUGGACAAACCCAACAGCUCAAAUCCAGAAGAGCUGAUCAUCAAAUGCCUGUAUUUGUUCAGUUUCCUCUUUUUUUGUUUGUGAUUUCUGACAUUCUGUUUCUAUAUAUAUCAGAGUAUGAACUUUUCUGUUUCUUCUCCAGCACAGUGUUGAGAUGAAUCAUUCCUGUUGAUUGAUCCUUUGUACAAUGGUGUGUAGGGAACUUUAAAAGUCCUUUGAAUAGAAAAAAGUUUACAUUUUCCAAUCAUGUAGAAUUAAAAAAAAUCCCCCAAUGUUUUAUUAUUGGUUCUGCACUUUGGCUAAAGAACAAUCUGAAACAGUUGGACAGACACUUUGUCAUUUGUACUGAUGAUGGUUUAUCACCAUGUGGCUCACUCUGUGCAGCCAUGGACCAAAACUGGAGGAUUUAUAUCUGUUACAUCAUGACCUUUGUCAUGUAGACAACUGAUCUGUACAAUCAAAUUCUAUUUCCUGUGUAUAUUUUUGUUUGACUCAGUGGUUGCUUGAGCUCUGUCUCUGUACUACUGCAGACAUUUUUUAACGUUUAAUGCCCAUUUACUGUUUGUCUGUGUCUGUAACCCCUUUUCUUAUAUAAAUUAAAGUAAUUUUCUACU